UCUCGCUCCUGUGUGGCGGCGUGCAGCGAGUCGGCGUGCCGUUUCUACUGCCACCAGAUGAAGGGUAAGCACCUCGCCAUCAAGAAGAUGAACGAGAUCCAAAAGAACAUCGACGGCUGGGAGGGGAAGGACAUCGGCCAGUGCUGCAAUGAGUUCAUCAUGGAGGGUACCUUGACCCGCGUCGGCGCCAAACACGAACGCCACAUCUUCCUGUUCGACGGCCUGAUGAUCUGCUGCAAGUCUAAUCAUGGCCCGCCGCGGCUGCCUGGUGCCAGUUCGACCGCGGAGUACCGCCUCAAAGAAAAGUUCUUCAUGCGCAAAGUUCAGAUCAACGACAAAGACGACAAGGAGGGCGAGUACCGCCACGCCUUCGAGAUCAUCCUGAAAGACGGCAACAGUGUGGUGUUCGCCGCCAAGUCUGCAGAGGAGAAGAACGGCUGGAUGGCGGCGCUGAUCUCGCUGCAGUACCGCAGCACGCUGGAGCGCAUGCUGGACACCGCCAUGCUGCAGGAGGAGAAGGAGGAGCAGAUGAGACUCCCGGGCGCCGAGGUGUACCGCUUCGCCGAGCCCGACUCCGAGGAGAACGUCGUGUUCGAGGAGAACGUCCAGUCCAAGUCCGGCAUUCCCAUCAUCAAGGCGGGGACUGUCCUGAAGCUGAUCGAGAGACUCACCUUCCACAUGUACGCAGAUCCAAACUUCGUCCGGACUUUUCUGACCACCUACAGAUCAUUCUGCAAACCUCGGGAGCUGCUGGACCUGCUCAUAGAGAGGUUUGAGAUCCCGGAGCCAAAGCCGGCGGACGCCAAUCAGACGGAGGGAGGAGAACAGCCACCCAGCGCUGAACUCAAACGCUUCCGGAAAGAGUUUGUCCAACCUGUUCAGCUCAGAGUGUUGAAUGUUUGUCGCCACUGGGUCGAACAUCACUUCUAUGAUUUCGAGAGAGACCCUCUCCUUCUGAGCAAGAUGGAGGACUUCAUUGCUUCAGUCAAAGGUAAGGCGAUGAAGAAGUGGGUGGAGUCAAUCACCAAGAUCAUCCAGAGGAAGAAGCAGGUCCAGGUGAGCGUGCCCAGUCACAGCAUCACCUUCCAGAAUUCCCCUCCUCCCAUCGAAUGGCACAUCUGCAAACCCGGAGACACCGAGCACUUCGACCUUAUGACCCUGCACCCCAUCGAAAUCGCCCGCCAGCUCACCCUGCUCGAGUCCGACUUUUACAGGGCGGUGCAACCGUCUGAGCUGGUCGGCAGCGUCUGGACCAAAGAGGACAAAGAGAUCCACUCGCCCAACCUGUUACGGAUGAUCCGACACACCACCAACCUCACCCUGUGGUUUGAAAAGUGUAUCGUAGAGACGGAGAACCUGGAGGAACGCGUCGCUGUCUUUUCCCGGAUCAUCGAAAUCCUGCAGGUGUUUCAGGAGCUCAACAAUUUCAAUGGUGUCCUAGAGGUCGUCAGCGCCAUGAACUCUGCACCCGUGUACAGACUGGAUCACACCUUUGAGCAAAUUCCGAGUCGUCAGAGAAAAAUCCUGGAGGACGCUCACGAGCUCAGCGAGGACCACUACAAGAAGUACCUGGCUAAACUGCGCUCCAUCAACCCCCCCUGCGUCCCCUUCUUUGGAAUCUACCUGACCAACAUCCUGAAAACGGAGGAGGGAAACCCCGACUUCCUGCACAGACACGGCAAAGAUCUGAUCAACUUCAGCAAGAGACGGAAAGUGGCCGAGAUCACCGGAGAGAUCCAGCAGUACCAGAACCAGCCGUACUGUCUGCGGGUGGAGGGUGACAUCAGGAAGUUCUUCGAGAACCUGAACCCGAUGGGCGACCUGUCGGAGAAGGACUUCAGUGAUUAUCUCUUCCACAAGUCUCUGGAGAUCGAACCUCGCCAGCUCCGAUCGGCUCCUCGAUUUGCGAAGAAGUACACCUAUCCUCUGAAGUCUCCGGGGAUCCGACCCACUUCGGCCCGACCCGGCACCAUGAGACAUCCGACGCCGCUCCAGAACGAGCCCAGGAAGAUCAGCUACAGCCGCAUCCCGGACAGCGAGUCCGAGGGGACGCCGGCCUCUGCCCCCAACUCUCCCCGUACCCCCCUGACCCCGCCCCCUGCCUCCGCCGCCUCCGCCGCCUCCAGCUCCACAGAUGUGGGCAGCGUGUUCGACUCGCCGCAAGGACCCAGCAGCCCAUUCCACUCCAGGUCCUCUUCGGUCUCCUCCAUGGUCAGCUUUAGUCGGGCUUCUGAGGAUGUUCCUGUUCCUCCUCCUGUUCCUCCCCGCAGACGACCGGAGUCGGCUCCCGCUGAGUCUUCCCCCUCCAAGAUGGUGUCAAAGCUGGACAGCCCCCCCGCCAUUCCACCUCGUCAGCCCACCUGUAAGCUCCACCCCUCUCGUUACUCGUCACUGUCAUCAUCACCACCUGACAGCCCCCCCUCCCUGCCUCCACGAGAGCCCCUCAGCUCCCCUCUACACCUCCUGCCCCCCCCUCAGGGUCGUCCCCGCUGUGACCUCCUGCCUCAGGCUUUCUUCCCCCCCAACAUCUCUGGCCCAACCUCCAUUUGCUCCACCCCCACCACAUUGUCCUCCUCACCCCCUCUCCCUGCUCCUGUCACCCCCACCUCCAGGAAAUUACCCCUGCCUUCGCCACCUCUCCCCCCACUCCCUCCCCUCACCUUGGAUGGCCCCCCUGUGCCUCCACGUCACAGUGUUCCCAAACUCCCCCCGAAGACAUACAAGAGGGAUUCUGUUGGACACGCCCCCAUGCUGGACACGCCCUCUGUGCGAUUGGACAGCCUGGAGUUCCAGAGGGUUCAGGGACAGCUGAUUGGACAGGCUGUGGAGGAGACUGAGUUAACACUACAGCUGAUUGGAUCAGAAGAAAGUAAAAAUGUGUGAUGGACCAAUCAGGAAGCUCUGACUGCUUCGAACUGAGACUGACUGUAAAACAAAAAUGUGCUCUUAUUCUGAACAUCUCUGAGCUCAGACCUCAGAGGGACGAGACCCUCAGGUACUGGCCUGGAGCCACACAGGUACUGCAGUGGUUCAGGUGGACCUGAUGAAGAAGAUGGUGAUGGUGGUGAUGUCAUUAUUAAUGAUGUAAACAAAAACAAGGGAAUAAACAUUUCUUUCACUGAGCUCGAAGAAACCUGGAAUUCAUCGGUCUUUAUUUUACCUGCUGAACUGAACUGUGGCUGUUUGUGGUGACAGGAGGUCGAGGUUUUUGUAGGUGGGCUCCUCCACAUCUACUGCCCCUGCAGCAGCGGGUGGUCUUUCAGUCUGACAUCAUUAGUCGUGUCUGGGUUCAAACUCUGCGUCAGGUCCAAAGUCAAACGAACACUGC